AUGGCUGCUGCAAUGGUUCUUCCUAACGUUGGCGCGGAUGUUGUUUGUCAGGACCUUAUCCCUUCACUACUUCCAUGUUUAACCUAUUUGACGGCGCCAGGACCCGCACAACUAGGUCCCGGUUGUUGUUCGGCGACUUUAAGUAUAGCCGAGAUUGCUCUACAAUCUCAAGCCGACCUACAGGGAGUGUGCACAUGUUUCAAAUCAGUCGCAGAUUCAGGAGCCUUCCAUAUUAACUUUGGCAACGCCAAAGCCAUCACCAAGCUUUGCAACCUGCCCGUUAAUAUCCCUAUCGACCCCAGCGUCGAUUGUAGAACUAUUACCCUUCCAAAGACUCCUCCAUCUUCGGUUUCAUUUCCUGCUCCGGCUCUGGCUCCAAGUCCGGUUCCUUCCCAAGUGUUUGAUGAAUUAAGUCCGGUUCCUUCCCAAGUGUUUGAUGAAUUGUUUCGUUAG